AUGCCUCAGGCCUCUACGCCUACAUUCACUGGUGAAAGUGCAUCCAUCCCAGCUACACCGGUUAUUGCUCCUUCUGACUCUGUAGCGUUUCUUCGCCGCGACCACUCUGGCUUGGACAUGGCAUCCGACAUGUCUUCUGUGUCUGGCGCCCCUUCAUAUGCAGCAAUGUCUUCAAUCUCGCAUAUAUAUCCAUGGUUGAAGCUCCCCCCAGACAAUGUAGGAUACCGCACUUAUACCGUGUCUUUCAAGAGCCUUUUACGAGAGGGUGUGCCUUCCGAUCUUGUCGAGUCAUUUUUGCAGAAGCUAAAUAAUGCAUUGCAUGAUGUAUCUGACUAUGUUAUGGACUUGCAAUUGAUGAUAUACACAUUGAUGCUCUCAAUGAAGUCCUCGCAGCUCGUAGCUCAUAGUGGUAAUAUUCAGCUGAAGAAAGCUCGUGGUUUCCAAAUACAAGGCAUCCUCCCAGCAGGCUACAAUAUGAAAACUAAUGUCAUUACCUCUGCUCCUCCAUUACUCUAA